CGGAUUCGGGGCUGUGUACAGCCCGUUGCAGCUAUGCCGGCAGAUUCUGGCAUCGCCUUAGCUGCCAGGAAGAAGUGUUUCGUCAGUAUUCAUGAUGCAGUUAAAGCUGGGGAUGUGGCAGAACUUGAGUUAAUGGUGAAAAAUGGAGCCAGCAUUAAUGAAGUGGAUCCCAUUCACAAAUUUACUCCUUUGCAAUGGGCAGCACACUCUGAUAGUUUAGAGUGCCUGCAUUGGUUGCUAUGGCAUGGUGCUGAUAUGACUGAUAUAACUCCCAGGGGAUGGACAGCGGCACACAUUGCAGCCAUUAGGGGUCAUGACGCCUGUAUGCAGGCCUUGGUAACAAAUGGUGCAAACUUAACAGUGAAGGAUGAUAGAGGUUGCACUCCAUUGCACCUGGCGGCUUCUCAUGGACAUUCGUACACUCUUCAGAUGAUUCUUCGCAGUGGUGUGGAUACAAAUCCAGCAGAUAAAAACAAUUGGAGGGGAGUCCACUACGCUGCCUUCCAUGGAAGGCUGGGCUGUUUGCAGCUUCUGGUCAGGUGGGGAGCAGAUGUGAAUGAAGUGGAUCAAGACGGGAACUUACCAGCUCAUCUUGCAGCAAUGGAGGGACAUCUGCACUGCUUUAAGUUUCUUGUCUGUCAAGGAGUUAGCAUGACACAUGUAUUGACAGCAAGGAAUGACCAAGGCGAAACCCCAAAUGACCUUGCAAAGAGGUUCUACAAGGACAACAUAGCACAGUACAUCGCAGCUGUGGAACAUGAACGGGAUCACCCAGAUGAUCAAGAAAAUCUUGCAUUUCCUGCUCACGCAAGUGCUUUCAAAGGAGAUCUUGAGACUCUGCGACAACUAGUGGAAUCUGGAGUGAUUAACAUCAAUGAACGAGAUGAUAAAGGCUCCACACCCAUGCAUAAAGCUGCUGGGCAAGGUCACCUUGGCUGCCUGCAAUGGCUUAUAGAAAUGGGAGGAGACCACCAUAUCAAAAAUGAUGCUGGAGAGACACCGAUGGACGUGGCUAAGAGGUUUUCCCAGUUGGCUGCUGUUAAACUCCUGGGAGGAGGUAUAGAUGAUGUCUCGGAUGAAGAGCUGAAUGAAGGCAAUUCCAGUUUCUUUGACCAACAUGGUGUUGAAAGGAGUACAGAUAACCAGGACAGCACUAACCACUGUCCUGCUCAGAAAAGGGAAGCUAGGAUGAGAGCCUACAAGAAGAUUGAGAAAUUUGAGCGGUUAUUGGAAAUUGCCAAAAGCAACUACAAGCAACUUGGAGGUAUGCUGGAGGAAGAUCAGCUCCAACGGAAGGAAAAGAAAGAAGCAGAAAGAAUACUGCAGGAGCUACGGGCUCAACUAGAGUACGAACGUCUACGGCGAGAGAAGUUGGAGUGUCAACUGGAUGACUGCCGAGCUGAAAUAGGUCACUUGAAUCACUGUUUGGAGAAGAUGAAGAUGUCCAGCAGUUCUGUGGAAGAAAAUUUUGAAGAACCAUUUAAGGGGAGAAAAACAGCAAAGAAUAAACAGAUGCUCAGCAGUGGAGGUGUUUUUGUGCGACGUAUCCCUGAUAGGAACAGCUUCAAUCACAGACCCCUUUGACAGCCCACUCCCCACCCCCCAAUCAGGUUCAAGUUCAACAUCAAUUCCAAACUAUAGACUGGGCUUCAUUUAAAUUGCUCCCCUAUUUUUCACUUUAUUGAAAUCACUAAAUCAGGAAUUUUACUGUGGCUUCUUGGACAGCUUAUGUUUGAGUUUGAAAUAUAAUUGAAGUCUUAUUUCUACGUCAGGCCACACAUUCAUUGUGUGGGCUAAUGAGUAAGCACAGUUAUUCAUUGUGAAUUAUGGUGGUAAGUAUUAGUUGUUCAAUUUAGAUGCAGAAUUACAUUGCAUAUUUAUGAUUUGUACAUGCAGAAAUAUAGUAAUAAUUAUGCCAGAUAGUUAAAUAUGUACUUUUCCAAUUAAAUGAUCAUAUCUGCUGGUAACACAUUUUAUUUCAAAGCUUCAACAAUGCUAUUUAAAUGCAUCUUUAAAACCUUAUGUUUGGGUCAGAUGUUUCUGGUUGGUUCUCAUCUGGAGAUUCUAUUGCUAAGAAGAGGGGAUUAAACAGGGAGGAGGGAGAUGAGAUGGGGAAGAACAGAAGUGUAACAAUGGGCGAGGAAGAGAUGGGAGAGGGAGGCAGGGAUGAAAGAAGAGGUUUUAGGAGGAGGCAAGUGUUGCUUUCGUUAGACACAACAUUAACAUUUUUAGAAACAGACACAGGUGCCUUGUGCUUAGCUGCAGACAGCUUGGGGCGGGAGGGAUUGCCUUGGCUGCCACCUCAGGGGCUAAUCCCUGAACUCAGCUGCUGAAGCUGAGGAGGAAAAUGAUGCAACAGACAAUGUUAGACAAACAGGUUUAAGAUGUAAUUGAAAAUUUACCUUUUAUAAAAACAAUCUACCAGUAGUUGGCAGCAUUGGAAGUAAAGAACUUUAGGCUGUUCCGCAGUGACCCCUGAUGACCACUGCCUGCUUCUGCAUGCAGUUUCAUAGCAGUCCUUCAGAUUUGCCCAAGCUGGUCUCCUGCCUACUCCUCUUCAAAAUAGCACCAAGGAAUCAGUUUUGUUCAACUGAGAAAACAGAUGUUUAACAUUGUCCAAAUGAGGGCACCUCCAGGAUUUGCCCUCAAGUCCAGAACCAUGUGCAAGUCUGUAGUGGGACAGGAAUCUACGCUCUUUUGACAGAGGUAAGAUUUCUACCACUAAAUCUCACUGACAAGUUUCCCAAGGCCAUCUGUGAGGGACAAUAAAAGAGGGAGAGGAGUUAAGAAAGAAUAUUCUGUUGAAUGAUUAUUCUGUCAGUCAGUUGAGGAGCAGGGGCACACUUUUUUGCAAACUGAUAAUCCAGAUCACUACUUUAGGAUACUCUUGGGAAAGCUAUUCUAUUUUAACCAAUUCUUACUGAUAAUUUUAGUUACAUGCAUAGCAAAACAAAUUUAUUAACAGCCCAAAUGAUCAACCAAACAAUAACAAUGUACAAUGGUUUCCUUACUUUAAAAUGCAGUGUACGGUGGCAGUUGUUUUUACUUAUUUGACAGCAUAAUUAGCUUGAAAUCAUUUUUAAAGUCCUUACCAGUUCUGGAGACUCAUCAGUAAUUUGAACUUUUGAUUUCCCAUCAUCUUAUCAUAAACAUUUAAGCUCUCUACUUUUUCUUUAUAAACACUCCUUAAUGGAUAUUAUGUUGGCAUUGUUUAUUUUUAUAUAUAGAAGCUUGCUCCAAAUUGACCAGACACCUGUAUUAAUGGAUACAUUUUACUUUAAAAAGGCUUUUCAUUAGAAUUCGGUUCCUUUAAUGGAUGUCUGUUCCAAAUAUGUGCCAUUACAUAUUGCAGUGGAAAAUCUUAUAGUCUUAAGUUCCAAAAAAAAAACUUCAAAUGUUUCCAGAGCAAAAUGUACUUCCCUCUUUCAAGUCUUUGUUAGAAUCUGUACAUUAUUUGUAUAUAGUGGGUAUGUAUUUACAAGCAUAGUUUCCACUUUUUUUUCUGGAACAGAAAGAUUUUUAAUGUGAAUUAUGGCUCUGAUUUUGGGCAGGUAUUAUUGAAGGUGAAUAUGCAAUAAGACUCCAGAAAAACUACAUU